AUGAGCGCACAAUUUCCAACCCGUCCAAUAUCACGCCUCACAGGUCACAAUGGCCAAGUCCUCGCACUCUGCUACAGCGCCGGAACAGGCCAAUACCUCCUGACCGGCAGCACCGACCGCCAUAUCCGCCUCUUCAAUCCCACCACCUCCCUCGAGGUCCAAAAAUACUCGGCCCACGGCUACGAAAUCCAUGACAUAGCAGUCGCAGAAGACAACGACCGCUUCAUCUCCGUCGGCGGCGACAAGAUCGUUUUCCUCUGGGACGUGAGCACGCAUCAAACCCUACGCCGCUGGACAGGACACGCAGGAAGAGUAAACUGUUGCGCGUUCGCCGGAGAAGGAGAUGCGCUUGUCAUAAGCGGGAGUUUCGACUCCACGGUCAAGAUUUGGGAUUGCAAGCAGAGGGGGGAGAAACCGGUGAUGACGUUUACAGAGGCCAAAGAUGCGGUUUCCAGUUUAGCGGUGAGGGGAGCGGAGAUUAUUGCUGGAAGUGUGGAUGGUAGGGUCAGGUGUUAUGAUAUUAGGAUGGGUGUGGUGGAGCAAGAUGUGUUGGGCCAUCCAGUCACUUCCGUCACACCUACUGUGCUUAACGAUUCCUACCUUGCCAGCACAUUGGACUCGACAUUACGACUUAUGGACAAAAGAGAUGGGAAAUUGUUGCAGGCGUUCAGGGAUGAAGGAUUCAAGAACACGAACUAUAGACUGAGGUCUACAUUGGCUGCUGGAGACAGCGUGGCGAUCUCUGGAUCGGAGGACGGGUAUAUUUAUGUCUGGGACUUGCUUACGGGAGGCCUCAACCAUAAGCUCAAGCAUUCUGCUCCUGCAUUGACGGAUGGCUCCAAGAGUUUCGUCUCCAUGUCUUCCAAGAGGGAUGUGGUCAACUCGGUGGUCUGGAACCAAUUGAGAAAGGAAUGGGCGAGCGCCGGUGGAGAUGGCACUGUAACCGUCUGGGGCAUUUGAUAGAAGAGCAUGACUAUGGCUGAAAGUACACGCUUCCAAGACUAUUCUACAGUGGUGUCUAUGCCACUUGCUACGUAAUGCUGACCCUGUUUGGAGGAAACAUCUUUCUACUCUGACAUGAUUGUUACGCACACUUGACUCGGGUGAAAGUUGAAUGAUCAUAAGAAUGAUGGUCAUAGGAAGGAAUGAAGUGAUAAUCAUAAUCGAACGACUGGCUGGAUGGGUAUCAUAAAAAUAAAGCAAGAAAGCAAGAAUGAGAAUAAACAAGAAAAGAAAAGAAAAAGGG